AUGCUGGAACACUGGCAUCUUAGCCGAUGCUAUGGAGCAGGAGCAGAUCGACUUCGAGACGUGGGCGGCGCUUUGGGGCUCGGAGGAGGAUGGUCGCUCUUGGCUUUGAUACCUCGAAAGAAGACGUUCGAGCUUGGCCAUGUGGAAAUCGAUCGUCAGCCUCUCUUUACGGAUGGUACUGCGGAAGUCAAGUUCGCAAGCGCACCAAACACCUCAGAGAAGCGUGAUGAGAAGACGUCUGUUAAGACUGCAGAUGGCGCAGAUGACGAUGAUGACGAUGAUGACGGAGGGUUGACAGCGGCGGCUAUGGCCGCACUGGAAGAGGGCAAACAGAAAGAAGACCACGCCGAGGAUGCAAAGAAUGUCGUGAAAGAGACUGACGCUGACCCUGUCGUGUUCUUCGGACCUGACGGAGCGAGCCAAGGGACAUUCAAGUUCGCGUUCUGAGACAGCUCUACAC